UCUGUAUCUUUAAGUACAAAUAUCUUUGGUCAUAUGUGAUCUGUGAACUCAUAGGUAUUAAUAUCAUUAAAAUGAAUCAUUUGGAAACUUAACAUUUGUGUAUGAAUUCCAAGGAAAGCUCAAUUUACACUAAUUCCGCUGCAUGAAGACAAUUGAAAUGUCUUAUAUCUAAAGUCCAGCAUUUACAUUCUUUCUGGUUAUUACUGACUCAUUAGGGACAAAGCAUUGACACAGGUCCUAAUGAAAUUAGAUUAUGUUGUUAUGGAUUCAGUGAUUUAAAACAUAAUUUGCACAAUUUUCACUCUAUACCAACAUAAAUUAAAAUUCUUAAGUACUACCUCCAUCUUGGUAUCCCUCUGCUCAGAAAAAUUUUGCUAACCCCCCAAAUUCUAUAGUGAAAUUAUUGCCUUUUGAUAUAGGAGGAGCUUAUUUUACUGUAUGCCUACCUGUAUUUUCUAUUUAAGCUUUGAGCACAUUCAUACAUAAAUUCUCACAAGUAGUCAUAUUUAUUUAUUUGUUAACUUCUGAAAUUCAGUCUUUUCAUUUCUAGCUCCCCAAUUAAUCAUCCUUGGUGAAUCAGGUGUAGAGGCUGGAAAUUCAGCACCAUGGAUAGUUUUGUGUUGUUGAAGUCAUUGGCUUCCUUUGAUAGAGAGUCAGCCUUGCCUGACCUAUGUAUCCACCACUGAUGAAUCUACUGGCUCUCUGGAGCACAAUGUCUGGUUCCUCCACCAUCACCACUAUGAAGAAAAUGGUUCAACAGCUCUGACUGGUAGCCUAGAGGCUCAACCACGUGAAGGUUUCCUAGGCAGCUACAGAUUUGAAACAAUUCUGUCUGCAGAAUGCUCAACAUGACCCCCUGCUGACUGGAGUAUCUUCAAGUAUAAAUUCCUUCAGACUCCAGAAUGUCUGUUCAUUUUUGUAUGAAUCUUUGGAUGGUUUUCUAAACCACUUUUCAUGAACCAGUGAAUAUUCAAAAGAGAACUAAAUUUGAAGCCUGUACAAAAGCUUAUCCCUAUAACACAUGCUAUACUAUACAAACUUCUACUUUUAUCAGUCCUUAACAUCUACUUUAAAUUUUCAUAAAUUUCUAUUUCACAGGGAUAAUUCUUUUAUACACACUGGCAGCAGCAUUCAAUAAAAUACUGAGUGUAAAAAGAUAGAGUCAGCCUUGAUAACCCUGCUUUUUUGAAAAAAAUUUUAUUGCAGUAUAAUUAACACUCAGUGUUAUAUUAGUUUCAAGUAGAUAAUAUAGUGACUGUGAUUCAGCAAUUCUAUGCAUUGCUUACUGCUAAUCAAGAUAAGAGUCUUAAUCCCCUUUAUCUAUUUCACCCAUCCCCCACCCCCAUGCCCCUGGCAACCAUCAGAUUGUUUUGUUUUUAAGAGUCUGUUUUUUGCUUGUUUGUCUCUUUGUUUAGUUUCUUAAAGUCCACAUAUUAGUGAAAUCAUAUGGUAUUUGUCUUUCUCUGUUUGACUUAUUUCAGUUAGCAUCAUAUCUUCUAGGUCCAUCCAUGUUCUUAUAAAUGAGAGCUCUCAGUCAGAAUUUUUGUGGAUCCUCAAACAUCCAGUUUACGUUCUUGACUUUACUUUGAGUUUAACCCACGAAUGUCAAGAAAAGCCUAUUCUCUUAGGUGUUUGCAUUCCAAGUCAUGUUGGCAGUGAAGUAUGUCUUUUACAUACAUAAUGUCUUCAUCUGCAUUACAGUCUCUAAGGUUUUUGACAGAGAUCUAUAGUUUAUACAGCCUUAUUAACUUAUUGGCAGAGUCCAACUAUAUGUGUGUGUGUUGGACAUAACUGGGUCCACUUUUCAUGUUUCAAGAUGAAUAAUUUGCCUAGUUUUUCUUAGCUUUCCAGUUUAUAUUUACAUUUAACCUGGCUGCAUCUAUUUUUGUAGUCAAUUCUGCUUGACUAAACUACUCUUUAUAUUUUUCCUUCUUCCUGAUUUAUCUCUUCUUCUUUUUUUCUGUAUUGUUUACUUUAUCCCCUUUACUGGGACAUGGAUUCAACAUGGUAUCCACUUAUUUUCUCUUUUUCCAACCAGUCUCUCAAUUAUCACAAAUUAGCAUUUGGAAAUAGUUUUUUUUAAUUAAAAAAUUUUUUUUAGGGAGA